AUGGCUGGUUUUUGUUUUUUGUUUUUGUUUUUUCUCCUAGCCACUGCUUACUAUUCUGAGAACUUAAUUAACCCUUGGCUUCUCUGUGCAGGACCCUUGAAUAUCUGUGAGGAAAUGACUAUUCUGCAUGGGGGCUUCUUGAUGGCUGAGCAGCUGUUCCACCCCAAAGCACUGGUACAGUUGACAAAGUCCGACUGGGAACACGUGGGGAGGCCCAUCGUGGAGGCCAUGAAGGAGAUCUCCUCAGCCACAGUACACUCCCAGCCGUUUGCCUGGAAGAAGAAAGCACUGAUCAUCAUCUGGGCCAAGGUCCUUCAGCCCGCCCCUGUCAGCCCUUCUGACACGGACACCCGGUGGCAGGAAGAUGUGUUCUUCUCCGUGGGCAACAUGAUCCCUACCAUCAACCGUACAGUCCUUUUUGAACUGCUCAAGUCUCUGGAAGCUUCUGGACUCUUCAUUCAGCUCCUGAUGGCCCUGCCCACCGCCGUCUGCCGCUCAGAACUCCAGAGCUUCCUGGAGCACAUGACUGUCGACACUUCCUCCAAGGAUGUGGCCUUCUUCCUGGAUGUCUGGUGGGAAAUGAUGAAGCACAAGGGCAGUCAACAGGACCCUUUGCUCUCCCAGUUCAGGAUGAUGGCCCAUAAAUACUUGCCGUCUUCAGAUGAGUUUUCCCAUCCGCCAAAGAGGUUUAAGUCUGACCCAGAUGUCGGUCCCACCAUGCCGCUUCUGGCCAUGCUCCUUAACGGGCUGAAGCAGAUCCAGGAGAGAAUCCUGUGCCUCGGGAUGAAGUGCUAUGCCUUAGCUAACUUGGCUGACAUGCUGAGCGUGUUUGCGCUGAAGGAGGAUGACCCCCAGGAGGUGUCUGCCACGGUGUACCUGGACAAACUAGCCACAGUGAUCUCCGUGUGGAAUUCAGACACCCAGAACCCGUACCAUAAGCAGGCCCUGGCCGACAAGGUGAAAGAGGCAGAGCGGGACGUGAGCCUCACCUCACUGGCCAGACUCCCCAGUGAGACCGUGUUGAUGGGGUUUGAGCUUAUGCACAGCCUGCUGCAGGAGUGGGGUGCAGAACUGCAGGGCAUGCUCAGCAGCAGCCAGGGGACAAACUAUGACACCUACCGGCUCUGUGACAGCCUGACCUCCUUCAGCCAGAACUUGAAGCUCUACCUGGAUACUGCCAGCAUGUCCAAGGAGGAGAGGCAGGUGGUCUCUGAACUGGCCGAGUGUGUCAGGGACUUCCUGAGGAAAAGCAGCAGAGUGCUGAGUGACAAGGGCCUUGAGGACAUCACUGCUGCCAUUGCCAUGGCCAUCAUUGAACAGAAGAUGGACCGGCACAUGGAGAUGUGCUACAUUUUUGCUUCUGAGAAGAAGUGGGCCUUUACAGACGAGUGGGUUGCCUGCCUAGUUAACAAUAGGUCUCUCUUCAGAGAACCAGACUUGGUCUUAAGUCUGCUGGAAACAGUAACGGAAGUCAUCAACUCUAACAGGGUUAUCCCCCAGUCUCAGAUCAAGCAAGUGAUCUGCUUGACUCUGGAAUGCUAUGCAGACCUCUCUCUACCAGACAAAAAUAAAGUCCUUUCUGGUGUCCUGCAUUGUUGGGGGCCAAAGGGCCUCUCAGACAGGUUGUCUGUUUACUUGGAGGGUUUUCAGGAAGACCUCAACACAGCCUUUAACCAGCUUGCACAGAGCACGUCUGAGCAGGGCCUGGCAAAGGCCGUGGCCUCUGUGGCCCGCCUAGUGAUCCUGAACCCGGAAGUCGUGGUGAAGAAGAUGUGCAGCACAGCUGUGACCAAUCUUGGAACACACAAGUUCCUGGCUCAGAUACUCACUGCCUUCCCUGCCCUGAAGGCCACGGAAGAACAAGGACCAAAUCCACGCACCAGUUUCCUGGUGUCCUGCCUCAGAGAAACCGUCUGGACAAAGUUCUCUACACCCAAAGAAGAGAAGCAGUUUCUGGAGCUGGUGAGCUGCCUGAUGAAUCCUGUGAAACCACAGGGGAUUCCAGUUGCUGCUCUUCUGGAGCCAGAGGAGGUGCUGAAGGAGUUUGUCCUGCCUUUCCUGAUGCUGGACAUGGAGGAGGUCGGCCUGAGCCUGAGGCUCUUCAUCCAGACCCUUGAAGCCAAUGUGGGCUUGGAGGGGUAUUGGUUGCAAACCUGCUCCCCGUUCCCACUGCUCUUCAGCUUGUGCCGGCUCCUGGACAGCUUCAGCAAGUUCUGGCAGCUCCCCCGAGAGAAGCGCUACCUCACUCUGGACAGCAAGGAUCUCGUGACCCACAUCCUGGAGGUCCUCUGUGAUACAGUGCUAGCCAACACAGAGACAUUCUCCCCAGAUACCUGGGCCAAGUCCCUGUCCUGGCUCCACCGCAAGUUAGACCAGCUAGACUGGACCGUGGGCCUGAGACUCAAGAAUUUCUUUGAAGGCCACUUCAAGUGUGAAGUACCGGCUACCCUCUUUGAGAUCUGUAAGCUCUCGGAGGCUCAGUGGACCUCACAGGCCCACAAAGGGUAUGGGCCUGGCACGGGGCUUCUCGCCUGGAUGGAGUGCUGCGCCAUCUCUAGCGCUGUCUCUAACCAGAUGCUUUCCCUCCUGGUGGUGGAUGUGGGCAAUCCCGAGGAGGUCAGACUGUUCAGCAAAGGCUUUCUGGUGGCCCUGGUACAAGUCAUGCCUUGGUGCAGCCCCCAGGAGUGGCAAUGCCUUCAGCAGCUGACAAGGAAGCUGCUAGAGAAGCAACUCCUUCAUGUCCCUUACAGCCUAGAGUAUAUUCAGUUUGUUCCCCUGCUCAACCUGAGGCCUUUCGCCCAGGAGCUCCAGCUCUCCGUCCUGUCCUUGAGAGCGUUCCAGUUUCUCUGCAGCCAGAGCUGUUGUAACUGGCUUCCGGUGGAUGGUUGGAGCCAUGUCGUCAGACUCCUCUGCAGCAGUCUGACCAGUGUCCUGGAUGCCGUCAGGUUGAUACAGUCGGUGGGUCCCUGGGCCCAGGCCCAGGCCGGGGGUCUGACUCAGGAAGCCUUGUUUGUCUAUACCCAGAUGUUCUGUCAUGUUCUGCAUAUCAUGGCCAUGCUCCCUCAGGAGGUCUGUGAGCCCCUCUACGUGCUGGCCUUGGAAAUCCUUACUUGCUAUGAAACCCUGAGCAAGACCAACCCUUCUGUCAGCUCCUUGCUCCAGACUGUAGAUGAGCAGCGCUUCCUAAAGUCCAUCGCCAAGAAUAUCAACCCUGAGGAGCGGCGCCAGACCCUGCUCCAGAAGAUCAGCAGCUUCUGACCUCUGAGGGCAAGAAGGAGCUGGACCUCCAACAUCAUGUGUCUGUGGGGCGUAGAGCUAAGAACAGACCUUAGUCACGUGAGGAUGUACACACCAAGGACUACAUUACAAGAGCAGUGUAAAGAAAAUAGUUUCUUAGGUUAUUUGUUACAUACUAGUACAAUAAAUUUCUUUUGAGUUUAAUCUUAUCUUGAGCCUUUCAUGGAAGUUUGGGUUUAAAUAUGCUCCAAAGUUAGGUUUCAGUGGUC